AUGACCAAUAAUGAGUGUUUCGUGAUGAUGACGGAGAGUAGUGCUGCACCGAAAAAGCUGAAAAAGAAGAAGGUGAAAGAAAAAAAAUUAUCAAACAAUCACGGAGUGUCGGAUCAACAAGAAAAAAAGAGCAAGAAAAAAUCAUCAUCCUCUCACUCAUUGGAACAAUUAAAAUCAACCAAUAACAGCAAUAAUAAUACGAAUACUAAUAAUACAUCAUCUAAUGCUACGAAGGAAAAUGUAAAUAAUUUAAAUGUUAAACGAAAGAGCAUUUCCGAGGAUCCCAUCACGAUUCCGAUUGUACCUCCAAAGAAACGAGUUUCCAUGAGCGCAUCAGCUUCAACCAAAGAAGAAAAAUUACUAUCACCUCGGAGUACUAAUAAUAAUAUCAAUAAUAACGGAACGAGUAACAACACAAGAUCAUCAUCAACUGGAAAACGAACUCCUUUUAUUGCUUCAAAAAAAGAGGAUAUUCAGAACUCUGGAACUCCCUCUCUCAGUAAGAUCCACUCCAAAUCUUCAUCUUCCAUUCCUAGUCAAGUGACAAGCAAGAGUCCAGUACUGAUAAAAAUCCCUUCAAAACAACAACAACCACAACAAAACCAACCCUCGCCUCAAAAUAAUAAUUUUCAAGAAUCUUCUAUCAGCUCCUCUGAGGAUGCAGAACUAAAAAAGCAAGAAAUUGUCAUCCCAAAAACAAAUGGGCAAAUAGCACAAGUACAGAAUGGACCGAAAGAUGCUGCGGAUUCCAAAUCAUUCAUAUCGUCAGUGCCAUCAGUAAUGACCACGACACAGUCUCUGCCAGAUCGUACUCCAUCACCUCCAGUAGUACCACUGAUUGAGGAGACAUAUGUCUCCUUAUUUCAAAGUCAUGAUUCACUCAAUAAGAUAUUCUCCAAAAGUAAGGAUGUCUCGGCUCAUAUUCCAAAUUUUUGGUUUUACACACCAACCUAUGUACCACCCACGCAGUGGGACUUCACUCAACAUCCCACAAAUUUCCCAUGUACCAACAAUGGCACCUUGGACGAUCUCAGUUUUAACUAUUUAACAACUAGUUACAACUCAAUACGACAGCACUGUCCUAUCAAUGUUUUCGAAAAGAAAAGAUUUUGCAAUCCAAUUCCAUUCAUCACAACAUUCAACAAAAUGCAAGGUGAAAAAACAAAUCUUUUACUUGCGAACGAAAUUUCGCAAGAAAAGGCCAAAAGAGAACAGGAAGCAGAUGCAAUUCUGGAUUAUCUCAAACGAAGAAGAUCCGGAGAGAUUGUUCUCAAUCAAAAAUCACGAAAGAGCAAUAACCAACAUUCGUCGAAAAGUCUUCUUCUUGCAAGCAAGCAAAAACAAGACGUUGUACAAAAUAGAGCUACAAGAAAAAAGAGUAAGCUGUCUCAGACAAAGAAGGAAAAACUGGAGAGAAAAUCAGUCACAUUGUUUGAAACAGCCAAGUCACGAAGUAGUAGUGAGAGUAGGCCAAACCUGAUGGAUCCAUUAAUGGAAAACAGUACAUCAGCAUUGGAACGACCAAUUCUCAGCCGAACGCCCUCGCUGACAAGCUCUGCAGAUUUAUUUAAUGCUCCCUCAAUCAGUAGACAAAGUUCAAAAAAAUCCAUCGACAGAUCCCUCCGAAAUAGUGUUCAAUUGAAUGAGUUCACGCAAAGAAGAGACUCCACGGACAUUAUCAAUAAUAGAACACUUCCUCCAAAAUCGAGAUCACUAACAUCCUCUCCCAUGUUUCACUUUGAAAAUACCAAGGAUGAGAUUUCUGAAGGAACGAAAAUUGAAGAACAGCCAGCUAUAUCCAGCUUAGAAGCUAGAACCACGAUUGCCAACUUACUUAAUGAGAGUUGCAUUGACCUACCAAAAUUAACCUUAUGUCUAAAGCCACUCUUGGAAGAAACAAGAGAUAAGAAGGAUGAAGAGCUUGAAAAUGUGUCAACGCUCUAUGUACUCAUGAAGACAAUUGAAAAAAAGUCGUCAGAUGAAUAUCGCUCUAUUUGCAAACUCAUCACUGGCAAUAAUGGCUUUUUGGAAUAUCUAAAGAGUACGAUUACAAGCUGCCCGUUACAUCAUCCAGAAAUUUUACAAUUUGUCAUGAAAGUUGUACGAAAAUUAUCAGAAUAUUCGUGUGAGUUGCUGGGAUAUCAUUCUUCUCCAGGUGGAUAUCAACAUUUUGCAAAGAAUCUGAAAACCAUAAUUUCAGACACCAAACUCAUAGACAUGGGUUUUAUCUCGUGUAUUGUGGAGAAAAUGGAUACCCUCAACGAAUAUCUAAAACAGACACAAUGUGACCAAAAUAUAUCUCAACAAGACAUGAUUGCCCAAGAAUUAAUUCCUGACAAGACCAUUUACAACAUUAUGAGAGACAUGUUUCAUUCGUUGACAUGCUUAUCAUUCUCCGGUACCGAGACUCGCACAAAACUCUUACACGAUAGCCCUUAUUUUUUGAUCAUUUCGUCGAUAUUUAAAAUGAAACGAGCUCCCCUAUUGAAAACUAAUGUACUACUUUGUAUUGAACGAUUAAUUCUUUCAGGAACAACAUUUGAAAAUGAAGAAUUUAUAGACGACUCAACCACAAACCACUUGUUAGAGUUAGGCAUAAUCAGUCAAAUCAUUUCGGAUUACAAUCUAUUGACACUGAAAGCAAGAAAAGGCCAAGUUCAGAAAAAGAAAAAGCAAGGAGUUACUCUCAAACAAGCUCUCUACCAGGUCAUUCGAGCACUUUCUUUUCACGAAAGAGCUCGAGAAGAAAUGUAUCGAUCUGGUUUCUUCCACAAUUUACUUUCAAUGAUGAGAGAACUUGGGACAAGCAAUGAAGAAACAGAGGAGGAGUCCAGUAUUAUGAAAGGAUUAAUCCUCGAUGCAAUUUCAAACUUUGUUCCUUCGUCGAGCAUUCAUCGCGAUACUCUCAUCCUCAAGUACAUUUUUGACACCGUGGUUGAAAUGUUUAUUUCGGUACCAGUUCAACCUACCUGCACUAAUUUAUUAUUGGAAACUAGAACUCUUCAUAUCUUGUCCCAACUUAGUGAUUACUCAAAAACACAUCAAAUUUUAUUCGAAGCCAGAGUGGUAGAACAUGCCUUUAAUUUACUUCAACGAGAUUUGAAUCAGCAAGUCUUUCCAGAGCAAAACCCUUUUGUAGUUUCAAUGACCUCUUCUACUUUUUUAUGCAUGUUAUUGGUGAGCAAUUUGAGCAAAUACAAGGAAGGACAACGACACAUUUACGAUAAAGGUCUCACACCCAUUAUACGACUAUUACGAUUAUCAUCCGCCAUUGCGGAACAACGAAACAGAUAUGAACAAGGAAAACUAGAUUUUAACAUUGUUUUCACUCAAAAUGCAAUGACCUAUGAAGAGUAUGAAUUAUUGCCAAAGGUAAUCAGUAGGACUUUAGCAAAUAUCAGUACACUACCAGAAAGCCACUUCACAUUUUUCAAGGAAAUGUUUCUUGACUCUCUCUCCACAUUAAUUAUCAACAUGACUGGUGAAAGAACUGUCAUUUGGAAUUGUCUAUGCACUCUUUCAAAUCUUUGUGAAGCUGAUACCAUGUUACAACGAAAAUUAAUCGCAAAGAAUGGUGUUAGAGAUUGUUUGGUAAAAUAUUUAUUGGAAUCUGACCACAAACUGCAAAGUCGUUCUGUGAGAUGCAUUUCCAAAUUGGCACGAAAUGAAACCAUAUUGACACAAAUUCAUGACAUUUUCAAAAUCUCAAACAUUGUGAAAGCUGCCGACUCCAAUAGUAUGGACGAAUGUAAAUUGGAUGGUUUGAGAAUUUUAUUUCAUUUUUCUCAGUUCGAACAAUUUCAUCCAUCCUUUUUAAAAUCAGGUGCCAUUGAGUUCAUGAUUAAGGCCACCUAUUCACCUGUGGAGAGUAUUGUCGUGGAGAGUUUGAAAAAUCUAUUGAAUCUCAUAUUUGCUAAUGAUAAGAAUAUUAAGGAAGCCAUCACUCAAGCAGGUACAGUGGAUCGUUUAUGGGAUUUGAAGAAGAGCAACAAAAAUUCUGAGAAGGUGAGACGAUUAUGUUUGAGUGCGUUGAAGGCCAUGUGA